UGCAAUCCUCCACGUAUGUCAAAACGAAUUGUCAACUUUUAUCGGGGAGUGUUGGCCGGAAUUUGUUGAUUUUCCGUGUCUUUUAGAUAAUACUACUGUUUUUUCGUAGUUUUGCAACUAUAUCUUCUUAACAUAAUUCAUAAUGGUCACUUUACUGAAUACUAUCGACACGGGCCAUGAGGAUAUGAUCCACGGCGCCGAAGUGGACUACUACGGACUCCGGCUUGCGACAUGUUCAUCAGAUAAUUCGGUGAAAAUUUUUGAUAUUAAAAACGGGAGUCAAACUUUGGUGGCGGAUCUAAAGGGGCAUGGUGGACCAGUAUGGCAAGUGGCAUGGGCUCAUCCUAAAUAUGGGAACAUUUUAGCCUCAUGCUCGUAUGACCGGAAAGUGAUUAUUUGGAAGGAGUCAGGAGAUUGGGUGAAAUUGUACGAAUACGGUAAUCAUGACUCGUCCGUAAACUCUGUGGCUUGGGCACCAGCCGAUUAUGGAUUAAUAUUAGCAUGUGGUAGCUCCGAUGGUUCUAUUUCUAUUUUAACAUGUAACGUUGAAUUCGGCACGUGGGAUUCCAAAAAAAUUUCAAACGCCCAUACAAUUGGCUGUAAUGCUGUUAGUUGGUGUCCAUCAACUGUUCCAGAGCCUGGAUUUGACCAAAAAACAAUUCGUUCCGGCAACAUUAAACGCAUCGCUUCUGGCGGUUGUGAUAAUUGCGUGAAAAUUUGGAAAGAAGAUCAAGAUCGUUGGGUUGAGGAGUCACGUCUCGAAGCUCAUUCUGAUUGGGUGCGUGAUGUGGCUUGGGCACCUAGCAUUGGAUUACCACGGUCGCAAAUCGCCUCAUGCUCACAAGAUCGCCGUGUUAUUAUUUGGAAUAGUGAAGAUUUGACAACAUGGACUCCACUUAUUCUGCAUACGUUCGAUGACGUCGUGUGGAAUGUGAGCUGGUCGUUGACAGGAAACAUUUUGGCAGUAUCGGGAGGUGAUAAUAAGGUGAGCUUAUGGAAAGAGAAUAAUGAAAACCAAUGGACGUGUAUAAGCGACGAUUCGAAUGCAUCGAGCGGAGCGUCUGAACAGAGAGCACUCUAAGUGGUGGGGAAGGAGAAAUUAUUUUGCAUUUUCCUAUUUGUUAUAAAUCAAAUUGAAAUUUAAUAGAAAGUCGAAUAAAAAGUUCAUAUAAAACAAA